GCAUCAUAACGAGCAAUUUACGCGAAGUAGAGCGCUACUUGAAAAAGAAAAGAAUGAAGUAACUUUCGUACGACCAAACGCCGUUUUUGUUCGCUUGCAGAACUUUCUGUCUACAGCUAUACGAAAAUGCCUUGUUUUUGGCGCGAUGAAUAUAGUGCAGGGAUAAAAGUUUCGAUGUAAUCUAAAUGUUCUCAAAGCUUUCCGUGCCGGGGAAUUUUCAUUUAUUACCUAACUCAUUGACAUGCAUCUAUUAUAAUGCGUAUGCCGAGCUGCGCCAGGAAAGCUCAUCGUGUGAGCUACGCCCUUCCUUAAAAUAGCGGCAUCAAUAUGCGAGUUUAUGACUGAACUUGUAGUAAAUUGUAGACCUCUUAUCUUAUCUUUUCGCUGUAACAAGUCUCACGCGAAUACUUCAAGUGCAAUGGUAAUUGCGUUACUUAUUCUUGAAAAACGGAGCUUCGACGUUUAAAUUAACGAUUUCCGGCGUACACAAAGUGUAACACGAAUAUAUAUGUAUAUAUAUUCCUCGGCAGAAUGUUUGCUCUGCAAGUAACUGAAAAGAUAAACUUUUCUCUAUAUGUAUCCUGCGUAUGAAUGUCUACAUGCAAUUUUUGCACAAAAGCAUAUUUAUUUUUCCUUUUGCACAAAGAUGAAUUUUGAUGUAUGUUAAUGAAAUUCUAGAUUUUAUAUUUACUUUAUUCCUUUUACAUUGGUAAAUAUGCGACAAUUUCUUUAACUUUUAAUGCAUGCGCGUACUUGUACAUUCGAUAUUAUUCGCUAACAUCUGGAUUAAUUAAAUUGUUUUUAUACAAGAAGAACCUUUGGUUAUCUCGAUUCCGAAUACACGUUGAACGCGCCCGCUCUCGCUGAGAUAUACCGGUCGAAUGAAUUUCCACUUGUUUGCUCGCCAGUCUCGACUUCUGUGUCCUCCUGGAAAUCUCUCGAAGACUUCAAAAUCUUCCCGAGAGAAAACCUUUCGCUCUCCUAUCCAUUCCGCGGGCUACGCUUAACUGUCUCUAAACUUUGACUCGCGGUUUUAAAUAUGGCGUGCAUGUGCAUCGGCGCAAUCCGUAUAGCAAAAUUCGACUUUUACUUGAUUUUAAUAAAUUACGACGGUUGUCUGUAACGGCUUCCUCUAUUAUUGUUUUCUCGCUUUCCGUCUCGCGUGUUGUCUACCUUCUUCAGUUGUUGUCUCUGUACCCGUAUGUACGCGUAUGUAUAUGUGUGUGUAUAUGUGUAUCACGAUACGUUGGGUCGCGUCUUUCUAAUUUCUGGGUCUGCGGCGAUGCAAUCGCCACAAACCAAAAGAGCCAAUGUUUGCUAACAUAGAUUAAUUAUCCUCUUGAAUUAAUUAUAUUUCAUUCAUAAUUUUUUAAGAAUAACACAGUCUUCUGUCUCACAUUUUGCCGUAGAAAUAUCUACAUAAAAGCGCUGUUAUCCAAUUAGUAUAAUCCAGAUGUGAUCAAAUGCGAUGCGCAAUAAUACAUCUCGCGGCUGUUUCUGGUCGUAUACAAUAUACAACGGGAAGCUGUGUGUACAUUACACACACCCAGCGGAUGCUAUUAAGUUCAGUUCCGGUAACCCCCGAAACUCAAAUUACAACCUCCACUUGGCCCUUCGUGUGCCGUUCAGGGUGGAAUCGCGUAUCGAGCGACGAUUGAGUCCCCUUCUCUUCACUAGGAAGUUUUCGCCAAGUAAAAUGGCUAAAGAACUUCCAACGACUCAGCCAACAGGGAACUUCUCCACGGUCGUUCACGAAUCGAUCUCAUCCUUUCAGUACGUCCUGCUGAUGUCGGAGGCCGUUGUCGUCCUGGCGGGUGACAACGUUCUAACUCGCUGCCUGUCGCGCCAAGCCAGCAAACACCUGCACUGGAUUCUGCAAGCGAUCGGGCUGAUUUUCAACCUAAUCGGCGUGGGCCUGAUGUACGAUGCCAAACGGAAUCACAACCAUUUUCAGUCGAUCCACGCCAUUACGGGGCUCUCCUCGCUAGUGAUCGUGUGCGUCGUAACAAUUUUCGGAUAUCCGGUGUGGAUCGCGUGGAAACUUCGCAAGCUCGUGCGACCGGUGACCGUCAAGCUCCUCCACAAUUUUCUGGGCACUGCCGGAUUCGUCAUUGGUAUGGUGUCACAGUGUUACGGCUACAAGAAGAACUGGUUGCACUACGUGACGGGAGUAGAACACUCCGACAUGGUCGCACUUGUUCUUACGGCGCUGAUCACGAUACUAUCCCUGAGGAGCGCGCUCGUUUCUCUGGGCAGGCAGUCUGGUGGGACUGUAAAGGUA